CUGGGUUUGUGGAAGAGAGAGGGCGGGCGCGUCCACGUAGGCCAUGAAGAGGGCCCUGAGGGACGGUGAGAAGGGUGUCAGCUUCCGAAAUGUAUAAGCGUGGGUGGGUAACGCAACGUGGAGCUCGAGACGCAAGCCAGGUGCCGCACGUGGAAGAGGACAUAUUGGAUGGUGUGGGCGGCGCAGGCAGCAUGGAGGGCGCGGGCGGGCGGGCGGGAAGCAGAGUGGGCGGCGGGCAAGGGGGCGGAGCGACGUCCAGGGGCUCCUCCAGCAGCGGAUCUUCAGGACAAGGGACGGGCGGCGGCGGGGGCGGCGGCACGGCGAUGACGACGGCGAUGACGACGGCGAUGACGACGGCGGGCUUCACCUCCUCCACGCAGACGCUCGCCGUGACCUCGACGCCCCGCUCCCUCUCCCUGGCCUCCAUCUCGUCCGAGGGGAGCACCGACAGCCACCUGGUGGAGCAGGAGGACAUCGUCGCCCUCACCUCCGCCGUCAGGGCCUUCAAGGAGGCGCUGGGGAAGCUCAAGCGCAUCUUCCACCCCGAGAGAGAUAAGAACGAGACCCUGCGCGUGGCUGCUCACGAGCGCCUCGGAGAAGUCCUGAGGAUCCUGAGGUCCAUCCUCGAGAAGUACAGCCCCAUCCAGCACAACGAGCUCCUGGCCGCUGCCUCCCACCUCAUCACUCACGUCAACGGCUUCAGCUAUGAGGACGAGAAGGCCGACCCCACCGCCUUCCUGGAGGCGAUCGACCAGCUGGCUCUGGCCUUCUCCAGCAGGUGAGUACAGGCUGCCGUUGAUUUUACUCCCGGGGACCCAAUUACUACCUGCG